AUGCCUAUCGAAUUUGUUUGCAAAAUCAAAUUUGCAGAGGAGGAUGAGAAGCAGAAAAACAAGCAGGAUGGGGACAAGGAGAGCCUGAUCGAGGAGAUCUGCACACCUCCGGCUAAGGACUUGGCUGGGUUUGCUAACUCCUGCUCCCUUCAUGGGAUUAACCACAUCUUUGUCUCUGGUCGCCUGGGCAUCCGGCAGACUCUCUGGGCUCUUGCCUUUUUGACUUCACUGGCACUGUUUCUGUACCAAGCGGCUAAGUGUGCCAUCUCAUACUUGGAACACCCUCACGUCACAGCUUUGAAUGAAGAGGCGACCCCAGAAAUGGUUUUCCCCGCUGUGACCAUCUGCAACAUAAACCGCUUCCGCUUCUCCGCGCUCACCGACGCCGACAUCUACCACCUGGCUAACUUAACGGGUUUGCCCCCCAAAAACAAGGAUGGGCACAAACCUACUGAUUUAAUGUAUCCUGCCCCUGACAUGCAGGACAUCUUCAACAGGACAGGACAUCAGUUAGAAGAGAUGCUCAUGAGCUGCAAUUUCAGUGGACAGAACUGUUCAGUGGAGGACUUCUCUGUGGUUUACACCAGAUAUGGGAAAUGCUACACUUUUAAUGGUAACAAGACCACAUCCAGGAAAACCAAGCAGGGCGGAAUGGGAAAUGGGCUGGAGAUCAUGUUGGAUAUCCAGCAGGAUGAGUAUCUGCCCAUCUGGAGAGAGACAAAUGAGACUUCCCUGGAGGCCGGCAUCCGAGUUCAGAUCCACAGUCAGGACGAGCCUCCCUACAUCCACCAGCUGGGCUUCGGUGUCUCUCCGGGCUUCCAGACCUUUGUUUCCUGUCAGGAGCAGAGGCUGACCUACCUGCCCCAGCCCUGGGGGAACUGCCGUUCCACCAGCAAAGAGAAGUUCCCAGGAUACGACACAUACAGCAUCAGUGCCUGUCGCUUGCUCUGUGAGACCAACGAGGUUUUGCGAGUGUGCAACUGCAGGAUGGUACACAUGCCUGACAGUUUAAAUAAGAACAGUGGGGACACCUGUCCAUGCGAGACACCCUGUAAUCUCACACGCUACGGUAAAGAGCUCUCCAUGGUCAAAAUCCCCAGCAAGGGCUCUGCUCGCUAUCUUUCCAGGAAAUACGACAAGUCAGAGGACUACAUCAGAGACAACUUUCUGGUCUUAGAUAUCUUCUUUGAAGCGCUGAACUAUGAAACAAUUGAGCAAAAGAAAGCCUACGAUGUUGCAGGUUUAUUAGGUGACAUUGGUGGACAGAUGGGCUUAUUCAUUGGAGCCAGCAUCCUGACAGUCUUAGAAAUACUGGAUUAUAUCUAUGAGGUGAUCAAGCACCGGCUACAACGUCUGCUGAGGCCGCAGAAAGAGGAGAAGAAGAACAAGAACCAGACCAGCACUGUUGCAACAGUGGGUCUCGAGGAAAUAAAAGCAAAGGACCCCAAUGACAUGACACGGAGUCACCCAGAGGGGGCGUACGCCAACACGAUGCUCCCCAACCACCACCACCCUCACCCACACCCUCACCACCAUCACGCUGCACACCACGGGGUGUUUGAGGACUUCGCUUGCUAGAGCCAACCAUCGUUACCAGUCCUGGUGACACCAAAAGAUAAGAGCCGUCUGUAUUGAGAUCAAUAACAGACCCUCUGCAUUUCCGUCGGUCCUUUGCUGUCACCAGUGAAAAGCUACAGCCAAAGUCGAACACCUAACUUGUGCUGCUAACAUAGCACUUGUACGUACAGUAUGUAGGCACAAAUUGGACACCGCUUUUACUUGUUUUUUUCUCUCUCUCUCUGGAUGGGACCCCUCUCAACUUUGUCCAGCUUCAUGUGAGAAGUAAGACAAUUUGUGAUCUCAGGACCAAGUUUUGGUACAUGAUCACUAUAAGGGAACAAGAGGAGGACUGCAUGUCACCAUGAUCCAGUUUAUACUCCAAAAAAAGGAAAAAUAUGAUUUAUUUAUUCAGCUAGCAUCUCUAUUUUUUUUUCUUCCUGUAUUCCUCCAUUUAUCUCUCCUCAAACUAUUCCUCCUACUUCAUGGGAAACUCACUGUACCAUAUCAAGCCAUUACAAAUUAUGUACUUAUUUAAAGAGAUACUAUUAUCUAUAUGUUCUAUAUUGUAUACAAGAUGAAAAUACUUCAUCAAGCAAAUCUUAUCCAUCUAAAAUAUGAGGGGGGGGGGGGUUAUUUAGGCCGGACUGUAUGACCUUGGCUUAGAAGAUCUAGCAGCAUCUUUCCACAUGAUGCACUUUGUCUGGUUUGUGGUUAAGGUGUUAGAGAGUAGCAUUGUGCUUGUACAUAAAGUCCAACUUUAAAUUGAGAAAGUUCUAAAGCUCUGUUUCGAUGGUUGUUAUUUAUAUUCAGUUAAUAUCUAACUUAUGAAAUCUAAAUUUGAGUUAUUUAUACAUUUUAGAAAAGACUUUUAUAUGACAAUAUCAAUCAUGAUUGUAGCAAUUAUUGUCCACUUACAAUCUGCAGAUAUGUUAGACUGCCAAACAUAAAUACAUUUGUCCAGGUAACAAAAAUGGACUGAAUGGAUUGUGACUAUUAUCUCCAUCAUUUCUUUUUAUAUGUCCUGCUUGUUUCAAGACGACACACAAAUCCUGGAUGAGGGAAGGUGAUGUUUUCGAUUAUGACAUGGUUGUAUUUUUUU